AUGAACUUUGCUCUUUCCGCCGCCGCCUUUUUCGCCGUGCUCAUCGGCUCUUCCUUGUGUCAGCUUCAAUAUGACGACCUCUCUGUGCUUGGAGAAGUCGUCGAGGGCUCUGGUAUCGAGGCUGAGAAGGUGUCCUCAUCUACCAGCGCUGCUCCAAGUACUACUACUGCUACAGUAGAGGAGAGUACUGUAACCAGUACCGUAGUCCCAGUCACCAACACCACUGAGGCUGAUACUACUACGACCACCGAAGCUGCUACGACCACUACAACUGUAGCUUCUACCGAGGCCACGACCACAACUGCGGAAUCCACCACGACUACAACUGAGGCUACCACUACCACUACCACUACCACUACCGAGGAGCCGACCACUACCGCUACCACCGAGCCUACCACCACCACCACGGAAGGUUAGUGUUGAACGCAACGCAAAGAAAUAAAAUAAUGGUGAUAAUUUUCAAAUUCAGAGACCACAACGAUUGAAGUGUUGAUCCCAGAAACCACGGAAACUGAGGAAGUCGAUGAGGAAAGCUUCCUGGGAUUCAAGAAACCCGACUUGGCGACCAUCUACAGAAGACUCUUCCCUUUCCAGCACCACCCGGGACACAAGCAGGUUCAGUACAGACAGGGCCAGUUCGGACAGCAAGGAGGAUUCUGA